CGCCUCCCUCACGGCCCGAAGACGAGCACCUCUCCCGGGUCCGGCGGCGCCAGCCUUGCGGAGCCCGAGUCUCGUGGCGGCAGCGGCAAGACGGUAGCAGUAGCUGAUGUGCAGUUUGGCCCCAUGAAAUUCCAAACAGAUCAACUCCAGGUACUUUUAGUGUUUACCAAAGAAGAUAACCAGUGUAACGGAUUCUGUAGGGCAUGUGAAAAAGCAGGGUUCAAGUGUACAGUCACUAAGGAGGCUCAGGCUGUCCUCACCUGUUUCCUGGCCAAACAUCAUGACAUCAUCAUCAUAGACCACAGAAAUCCCCGGCAGCUGGAUGCAGAGGCGCUGUGCAGGUCUAUUCGAGCAUCAAAAUUCUCAGAAAAUACAGUUAUUAUUGGUGUAGUACGCAGGGCGGACAGAGAAGAGUCAUCUGUAAUGCCCCUUAUUGCUGCUGGCUUUACUCGGAGGUAUGUGGAAAACCCCAGCCUCAUGGCCUGUUAUAAUGAGCUGCUCCAGCUGGAGUGUGGAGAGGUGCGGUCGCAGCUGAAACUCAGGGCUUGUAACUCAAUAUUCACUGCAUUAGAGAAAAGUCAAGAAGCAAUUGAAAUUAUAAGUGAAGACCACAUCAUACAGUAUGCAAAUCCUGCAUUUGAAACAACAAUGGGCUACGAGUCAGGUGAAUUAAUAGGGAAGGAGUUAGCAGAAGUGCCUAUAAAUGAAAAAAAGGCUGAUUUGCUCGAUACUAUAAACUCGUGCAUCAGGAUGGGCAAGGAGUGGCAAGGAAUUUACUAUGCCCAAAAUGGAGAUAACGUACAACAAAAUGUGAAGAUAAUACCUGUCACUGGACAGGGAGGAAAAAUUAGACACUAUGUGUCCAUUAUCAGAGUGUGCAGUGGCAACAAUAAGGCUGAGAAAAUAACUGAAUGUGUUCAGUCUGACACUCACACAGAUAAUCAGUCGGGCAAACAUAAAGAUAAGAGAAAAAGCUCACUAGACAUCAGGGCUGGUGGCGCUCGAGCGAGUGAAGUGACCAGCCAGAGACGACACUCCUCCAUGGCCCGGAUACAUUCCAUGACCAUCGAGGCGCCUAUCACCAAGGUAAUCAAUAUUAUCAAUGCUGCCCAGGAAAACAGCCCUGUGACUGUGACAGAAGCAUUGGAUCGCGUGCUGGAAAUCCUAAGAACCACUGAGUUAUACUCACCGCAGUUUGGAGCCAAGGACGACGACCCUCAUGCCAACGACCUCGUCGGGGGUCUCAUGUCUGAUGGUUUGCGAAGACUAUCUGGGAAUGAAUGUGUUCUUUCAACAAAAAACCUUCAGCAGGUUUCGAGCAGUCCAAUCCCUCCCAUUUCCCUUCACGACAUCCCCCCGCGGAUAGCUCGGGCCAUGGAAAAUGAGGACUACUGGGACUUUAAUAUCUUUGAGCUGGAGGCUGCCACUCAGAAAAGGCCUUUAAUUUAUCUUGGUCUCAAAAUCUUUGCUCGCUUUGGAAUCUGUGAAUUCUUAAACUGCUCCGAGACAACGCUGAGAUCAUGGUUACAAAUUAUCGAAGCCAACUACCAUUCUUCUAACCCCUACCACAAUUCUACACAUUCUGCUGACGUGCUGCACGCCACGGCCUAUUUCCUCUGCAGAGAGAGGAUAAAGCAAAUUUUAGAUCCAGUCGAUGAGGCCGCCGCCCUCAUUGCGGCCACCAUUCACGAUGUGGACCACCCUGGGAGAACCAACUCUUUCCUUUGCAACGCGGGGAGCGAGCUGGCCAUCCUGUACAACGAUACUGCCGUGCUGGAGAGCCACCACGCGGCCUUGGCCUUCCAGCUGACCACUCGGGAGGAUCAGUGCAACAUCUUCAAAAACAUGGAGAGGAACGACUACCGGACACUGCGCCAGGCGGUGAUUGAUAUGGUCCUGGCCACAGAGAUGACAAAGCAUUUUGAGCAUGUCAACAAGUUUGUCAACAGUGUCACCAAGCCCUUGUCAGCACUGGAAGAAAACAAGGAAACUGAUAAAGAGCAAGAAGCCAUAAACACUAUGCUCAGGACCCCAGAGAACCGGACUCUGAUCAAACGGAUGCUGAUCAAGUGCGCUGAUGUGUCCAACCCGUGUCGGCCCCGGGAGCAGUGCAUCGAGUGGGCCGCACGCAUCUCUGAAGAGUAUUUCUCUCAGACCGAUGAAGAGAAGCGGCAGGACUUACCUGUGGUGAUGCCAGUUUUUGAUAGAAAUACCUGCAGCAUCCCCAAGUCCCAAAUCUCAUUCAUUGACUACUUUAUCACAGGCAUGUUCGACGCGUGGGACGCCUUUGUGGACCUGCCCGAGCUGCUGCAGCACCUGGACAGCAACUUCAAGUAUUGGAAAGACCUGGACGAGAGGAAGCUGCGGAGCCUGCGGCCGCCAGCUGAGUCUGAAUGAGCUAUGGAGACUGGACCCUCCUGUACAGCACCCAGACCUCUCAAACUGCUCUAAUCACUGAUGGACUUUGCUGAGUGAUUUGUGAAGGAAAAGAAAUUUGGAUGGAAUACCUUUUCUCUACGAUUUUAUAAAUGACUUUUCCAAACAUCUGCCUUAAUUUGUACAGUGUUUCUACCAAAUAUUUCCAUAGACACAAA